AUGAUGGCGCAGCCGCCGCCGCCGCCGCCGCAGGACACUUCCGCGGCGUUGAGUGGCCCCCCGCCGCCAGCAGCCGGCACCGACAGCGACCAGGAGCCCAUGUACGGCGGCUACACUCGCUUCGAGUUGGAGCUCGAGUUUGUUCAAUCCCUUGCCAACCCGUACUACCUCAACCAUCUCGCGUCGCAGAAGCUCCUCGGCCAACCCGCCUUCGUCGCCUAUCUCGACUACCUGCAGUAUUGGACGCGGCCGCCCUACCUGAAGUACCUGACGUACCCGGGACCUACGCUGCGCCAUCUCGAGCUGCUGCAGCAGGAGCGCUUCCGGCAAGAGGUCAUGAGUCCGGAUCUUGUCCAGCGGCUGGUUCAGGAAGAGAUGAAGGCGUCGGUGCAGUGGCAUCGCGAUCCAUGA